AUGCCAGCGGCGCAACCGCACUCACAAAACCAAUCUCUCAAACAUGAGCAGACGCUGGCGCAGCAUCAGCAGCAGCAUCAGCAGCAGCAGCAGCAGCAGCAACAGUUGCCUCAACCUUCAUUUUCGCCUUCCCUUUCAUUCCGCCGCUCCUCUUCCUUUUCUUCAGCUGCAGGCACUGCGUCCCUACUUUCGGUCCCGGCCUUAGGAUAUCCUAUCGCCGGUUCAUCAUCCUCAGCAUAUUCUUCUUUCGCAGCACCUCCUCCUCCAUUAAACAUGCCUUUCGGCCUCAACGCUGCAGCAACUGGGUCCCACCGGCUCGGACCAAACUCCAUUGCUGACCUAGUGGACGGACCACUAGUCAACAGUGCUGCAAUGGCUGCAGUCGCCGGCGCUGCGGGAGGAAACUUUUCUCAAUCAGGCUCCACAGCAUCGCUCCUUCAAGUCCCUGCACGUACUGGAGGCGGCCGGUUUUCCACCAGCUCCAACUCAUCAGCAGCAGCCGCUGCAGCUGCAGUGGCGGCCGCUACUGCAUCAUCUGCCGCCGCUGCCUCAGGAUUCAAGCCACCAACUACCCGAGAUAUCCCACCAGUUGUUCUAUCGCCUAUUUCCAAAGUGUCACGCGCAGAGCUUCGCGAAUAUAUUAAUGAGGUGUCGCGCGAGUAUAACCAGUUUUACGAUUCCCGUGGUGGGUUGUUUGCUGCAAGCGGCGUACCGUCUCUCAUGGGGGGUUCAGGACCAGGCUCUCAGUAUCGCAAAAUGAGUGCUGGUGGAGGCUCUGUUCAAACCUCAUUGUCGGCACUGUCAUCUGUAGUAGAUGCGCUUGGCGAUGUGGACUCGACCUCCACAGCAGGGAAAUGGGAAACGGCAAGUGUAACGAGCUUUGCAGACAGCUUAAAUGGACAGCAAGGACAACCAGGUCAUGAUGAGCUGGAUGACAUUACACCACUGGAUACAGUACCAAGCGUUUUUUUCGAAACAGAUUUCCAGUUGGACAACCCACGAACGUUUGACAUUGUAAGCGAGCGCUCGACAAUUGUAACUACUGCUAGCUCUGAAACGGACUCAAUUGCACGCACGGGACUUGCAAACAAUGCAAUGUUGCAGGAAAAACUCUCCUGGUACAUCGACACGGUCGAGCUGCAUCUUAUUCAUGAAAUCAGCACGGCUUCGCAUUCCUUUUUCUCUGCCCUUGAUGACAUGCGCACAAUCAACGCCCAAACGCGGGAUACCCUUGACACCAUCAAAACCCUUCGAACAGAUUUAGAAAAAGUAGACCAAGAUCUUGUUCAAACUGGCAUUGAGACUCUCAAACUGCAACAACGACGUGAUAAUACCUCCAAACUGCUCCAAAGUCUGGUCCAGAUUGAGGUGGCCCUUGAUCAAGCGGAUGCUGCGGAAUCCCUAUUUGAAAACAAGCACCUUGACCCGUGUCUUGACCACCUCGAUGCCCUCGAUGAUUUCUUUGCGGGAAAACCUGGGCCAUCAGAUGCCGCCCGUACCCUUAUUUCUGCAUGGACUAAAGGCUGGCAAUACCCGAUCUGCGACGUGCGGUCCGUGCGCGGGCUCACAGAACUGCGCGAGUCACUUGUUUCGCUGCGAUCGGGUGUCGGUGCAGAGUACGCAAAAAUGUUUGCAUCAUUGCUCAUAUCGGAUGUCCGCAAACACACAGCUGCAGUCCCACGCGAUGCAACUCUCACCCGGCUUGGCCGUGUCCUCCGCAAAGCUGUCAAACCAGCAUCAUCGUUUGACGAAACCACACCAGCACCUAAAUCAGCACCCAUCAACAUGGAGUACCUUUCAAUUGAUCCUGCAUUACGGGCAGACCUUGAGACACGCGUACGCGGACUGGUACGCUCAAACAAUGUUCAAGGUGCUGUAAAUGCGUACCGUGAUGCGAUUGUGCGUGAGGCCAAAAACUUGGUGCGUAUAUACCUCCCAACAGCAACGUCAAAUGCCGGUGACGAUACGGACGAUACCAUGUCGAUUUCUUCCAACAUGACGGGGCGUUCUGCCGAUAAGAGCCAGUCAUUAGCCGUGCUGCUGCGGUCCAUGACUGAGGAUGCCUUUAUCGAGAUGCUGGCCAAUACGUUUUCUGGAUUGUCUGAAUUGUUUCGGCGAGUUGCUGCGCAACAAAAACUGUUACUGGACGUUUCUGUAACGUUUGCAUCGGACGCUGGGCUGCACAUUAUUGACACAUCGGAGGUUCUUCGCAAGGUUAUUGACGCGUCGCUCAUUCGGCUUGUCAAGAUUUUAAAUGUGCGCCGCGAAGAAAACUCGCAACUAUCUAUCCCCCGGCUGGCCGACUUUUACAGUUUAAGUCUUAUGUUUCUUUCCGAGUGCGAGGCUAUUUGUGGAUUGGAAAUCGAUCCGUCUCUGGGAAAUACAGUCACGAUGCAACUCAAAACAUAUAUUUCUGCGUUUCACAAGAGACACGAACAAGACUUGGCACAGCAAAUGGAUCGUAACCAAUGGCAUGAAGAGGAAAUUAAAGAAUCAUUCCAAAACAUUGUGGACCUCAUGGUGCGUUCCGGGCACUCCGAUCCCUACGAGUGGGUCAGCUUACUCCGAAACAUUUUACACGAAACAAAAAACGACAAAGACGAGGCUUUACAACGGACCAUGUCGCCUCCACCUGUGGAAAAUACAGACGAUGGUGCGCCAAAGAAAAAGAACAAGAAAUUGUACAUUGGAAAUGCAGUUUUCACAAUCCCCAUUUCGACUAUCCAGACUGUCACAGCACUCGAAGAGUACAUGCAAUUGUUGGUGCUGCUCCCGCACCUUGCAUCAGAAACAAUGUCCAACAUUGCGGAUUUCCUUUCGCGGUACAAUUCAAAAGCUACUCAGCUUAUUCUUGGAGCUGGAGCGACUCGCACUGCGGCUGCCAUCAAGCACAUUACUGCCAAACAUUUGGCGUUGUCAUCUCAAGGUCUUAACGUGCUACUGACGCUAAUUCCGUAUAUUAAGGAGUGCGCGAAGCGGCACCUGGGGAUUUCAGGUGGUGAAGGGUCUAACACCGGGUCAGCGCGGAACUCGAUGGAAAUGAAUCGGGGAGGUUCUGGCACUGGUAGCGGGGACUCGAUGACUGAGGCACAUCAUGCAGCACUGGAUGAGGUAGAUAAAGUGGCCAAGGACUUGAAAUCACAUCGAGAUGAGAUUCAUCAAAAGUUUGUGACACUGAUGAGCGACAAGAUGUUGCGACACUGUGUUACAAUUCGGCGUACAGACUGGCACUCGCCGCCACCUGUGCCGUCCAAUGGCGAGGCUCUGGAGCCCAACAAAUACAUGUUGUCUCUUGUGAAGGAAACUACAGUACUUGCUAAGAUUCUGAAUAGCAUUUUGCCAAAGCCAACAUACCUGAUGAUCAUGUCGUUAGUGUUUGACAAUUACAAGCGCAAGCUUUUGGAGGAGUACGGGAAGAUUGUUCCGACGCUUCGGACAGUGCCAGAAAGGGAGUAUAUUCUACGGGAUGUGGCAUAUUUCAAGGAUAAACUGGAACCGGUGGAGGGGUCAGGGAAUGUGGGGCAAGCUGUAUGGGAUCAGGUUAAUAAUGCUGCUAUUAAAGUGAGCAGUCCAUCGCCACCGCCUCAGAAAAAGAAGGAGGAAGAAGAAGAAGAAAAGGGAGAGGCGUUGUUUGAUGCAGAUGCAGCGUUUGAAGAAGAAGAAAAGGAAAAAGAAGAGGCAAAAGAGAAGGAAGAAUCUAAGGAGAAGUCUAAGGAAGAAUCUAAGGAGAAGUCUAAGGAAGAGUCUAAGGAAGAGUCUAAGGAAGAGUCUAAGGAGGAGUCCAAGGAUGAGUCCAAAGAAGAGUCCAAGGAUGAGUCCAAGGAAAAGUCUAAAGAUGAAACUAAUGAGAACCCCAAGGAAGACCAUAAAGAUGAACCCAAGGAAGAGCCCAAGGAAGAUUCUAAAAUAGAAGCUAAUGGAGAGGUCAAGAAAGAAUCUAAGGAAGAACCCAAGGAAGAACCCAAGGAAGAACCCAAGGAAGAAUCCAAGGAAGAAUCCAAAGAAGAAUCCAAAGAAGAAUCCAAAGAAGAAUCCAAGGAAGAAUCCAAGGAUGAACCCAAGGAUGAACUCAAGGAUGAACCCAAGGAAGAAUCUAAGGAAGAACCCAAGGAAGAACCCAAGGAUGAAUCCAAUGAUGAACCCAAGGAAGAACCCAAGGAAGAACCCAAGGAAGAACCCAAGGAAGAAUCCAAAGAAGAAUCCAAGGAAGAAUCCAAGGAUGAAUCCAAGGAUGAACUCAAGGAAGAACCCAAGGAAGAAUCUAAGGAUGAACCCAAGGAAGAACCCAAGGAAGAAUCCAAGGAAGAAUCCAAGGAAGAAUCUAAGGAAGAAUCUAAGGAAGAAUCUAAGGAAGAAUCUAAGGAAGAAGAAAAGCCUAAAGAUGAGACUCAAAACGAUGAAGAAGAAAAAGCAUAA